CGGACUGGAGAGAUGAGAAUCCGAACAGGAAGCGGAUGAAGACGUCACAGAACCGAGGUCCGAUGUCGACUUCCACCCUGAAACUCGGAAGACCGGACUCCGCACCUCUGCAACAACCUGCAGGUAAACCUCCAGGUAAUUGGACUCCUUUUAAUUUACCGAGGUCACAAAUCUUCAUGCAGAUUAAGAAUAAAAUGGACUUACGACGUCCGGGUCCAAUGAGAACUGCUGCUGCUACCAGAGACCAUACAAGGGAACAAGGGACGCAGCGUGAAGGAGUCCGCAAUCCUCCAAACAGGCAAGGUGUGGGAUAUCAGCAGGCCCCACCCCCACUCCCACCACCAGCUAGAAUCAUACACAUGAUUACGGGGGGUCUGGAAGCCGGUGGACUGAGUUCCAAGCAGCGAAAGCUGUAUGUCAGAGAGGUUAAGCACCAGAAUCGAGCUCAGAAGCGAAAAUUUGAUGAUGCUGAGUGGAAGAAUCAACCCAUCACUUUCACAUCUGCUGAUCUCGAGACAGUUGUCACACCACACAAUGAUCCACUAGUCACUUCUGUCACGAUCAACAAUUGUGAAGUACAGCGUGUCCUUGUUGACACCGGGAGUGCACCAGACAUCAUGUACUUCCAUUGCUUUGAGAGUCUUGGAUUAGAUUCAGCUCUGUUGCAACGAUAUGAUGGUCCCAUUUACGGGUUCAACAACCAACCAGUUCCAGUUGAAGGAGUCCUCACCAUGAAGGUUGCAUUUGGAAGUGGCCGAAGUUAUGUGACCCCUUCAGUUCGGUUUCUAGUAGUCAAGAUGGCGUCCUCGUUCAAUGUUGUCAUUGGUCGACCCACACUAACUGAGAUUCGAGCUGUGGUUUCCCAAUCUCAUCUCUGCAUGAAGUUCCCCACUCCUACGGGAAUAGCCACGCUGCGAGGCAACCAGGAGGUAGCCCGGCAUUGCUACAUCACCUCGGUAACACAACCUCAGAAAGGCAAGACUCAGACACUCGAGAUUACUCCCAACCAGAUUGCUGAUGAUCGGCAGGUUAUGGGUGUUGAAAUCGUAGAUAACCGACCAAAGGAUGAAACCAGAGCUGCUCCAGUCGAAGAUGUGGAGGAGGUGCAGAUUGAUGAUAGAGAUCCGAGCAGGAAAACGCAAAUUGGGACUAAAUUAAACCCGGAGGAAAGAGCAGAGUUAAUAGCUUUUCUUCGGGCUAAUAAAGAUGUUUUUGCAUGGACUUCAGCAGAUAUGCCGGGAAUCCCCACUUCAGUUUUUCAACAUAAACUCAGCACCAAUCCCCUCAAGAAACCAGUAGCACAGAAGCGACGCCUCUUCGGGGGGGAGAGGUUAAAGGUUAUUAAAGAAGAAGUCGAAAAACUCCUACAAGCCGGCUUCGUCAGAAGGGUAGAUUACUGUGAGUGGGUCGCCAAUCCGGUGUUGGUCAAGAAAGCAAACGAAAUUCUGUCUGAGCAAAAUCCCCCGAACUCUGCAGUAUACAAGAAAACCUAUUACUACCCUCAUGGCAUUUGGAGUUAGUUGGGUUAUUCCUAUACUAUACUCUAAUAAUAACCCAACCAAUAAUUCUGGAAUGGGAAA